AUGAUAUCUGAGGUUCUUCCAUGGCCUGCACCAACUUCGCUGGUAGGGUUUUCACUUGGCAUCCUAUCUCUCCUUAUUUUUGACUGUAUUCUCUUGAGUUAUACCCCCUUCUUUAGUAUCUUCUCCUUAAUCAUCCUCCUCGCUACAUUCGUAUCUUUACUUUCCCUCAUCUCCUAUGCAAUCCUACCUCGUGCAGUUGACUUCUUUUCUUCUUACGCCACUCGUGGUCGGGAUCUCGAUCCCAAGGGGUACCGUCAAAACCUCGCCAUUGCCUUCUGCCUCGGUGGUGUCUUUCUCUUCGGACUCCUCCUCACCCUCCACGCCUUCAAAGAGCUCUGCAACUCUCGUGCUGUGUGGCCUUUCGGCCUCUAUCUCACCUUUCUCGCCUUCUUUCACUGGUCUGAGUUUUUCGUUGUCGCUUUGACUAGCCCUUCGAGAGCCGGUGUCGACCUCUACCUGUUGGAUCACAGUCCCGAGUACCUGGGUGCAAUGGCCCUCAGUUUCAUCGAGUAUUGGCUGGAAGUUUACUUUUGGUCAGCCAAAACCACUUCCUUUCUCUGGCUUAAUCUCACUGGACUUCUAAUCUGCGUAGCGGGCGAGGCUUUCCGCAAGAUGGCCAUGUGGACGGCGGCAGAUAACUUCUCGCACUACGUCGAACACACAUGGCGACGUGGGCAUCGGCUGGUUCGAAAGGGCGUCUACGCCUGGUGCAGACAUCCCGCCUACGUGGGCUGGUUCUUCUGGAGUCUCGGCACCCAACUCCUCUUGGUCAAUCCUCUCUGUUCUUUUAUCUACCCUCUGGCCGCGUACCUCUUCUUUCGCGCCAGGGUUUACUCCGAGGAGCGCAGUUUGGUGGCCUUUUUUGGCGACGCCUAUCGCUCCUAUCAGCGUGAGGUCCCUACCGGUCUGCCUUUCAUUCGCGGUUACGUUGAGCCAACUGCGGUGACGUUGCACACAGAUUUGGGCGACAUCAAGGUUGAGUUGUUCUGCAUGCAAGCACCCCUUGCCUACAGUACCCUAUCUCCCUCCCCCAACUACAUCCUAUCUUCCCUGAUGAACCUCAACUCUUAUUUGGAAUGUGCACGUCGGUGCAUCUGCCUCACUGUCGCACCUGCCUCUCUGCCACGCGUGCUGACACUCUUCCAGGAGGCAUCAGCCAAUCUUGAAAAUGCCUACUACUGGCAAAAGGGUGGGGGUCUUCUCCUUCUCCAAUCACGCUCUCAGAUCGCUCUGCACAAAGCCCUCCGCCAAAUUCGUGUUGUCCCUCGUGCCUACCUCCCAAUUCUCACUACUGAUGGCAGUACUGAGCGAUUCAACCUGCCUUACUACCGAGUCUGUUCUGACCCCUCUAUUUGGCCCGUAUCUUCUACUUCCGAAGAGUGUGACGAAAAUUUGGUUCGAUUUCAACCUGCUCCGCCCUCCCCUUCUGCAUUAGAAAAGCUCCUUCUUCAGCAGGACUCCAUUUUGGGUCAGAUGCAAAAACUAGUUGAUUGUACAACCCUCUGCCAUUCCUUUCGGCUCGCCCUUUUUACCUUCUCGGAUAGUCUUUCCGAAAUCCUCAGCACAAUUAGACCUGGCUCCUCCGUUUAUCCCUUCGGCUCGGUCAUCAAUGGGCUUGGCUCGAAUUCCAGCGACUUGGACGCAGUGGUGAAUCUGGGUCUCGAAGUGCCUUCUAGGCUACGCUCCUUUGCUCAAUUUUGUUCCACAUCAGUGGCCAACUUACACCAGCAUCCUUCCACCUCCGGACUAUCUAUAAUGUACGGCUUGUUGAACUAUAAUGGCCAGACAAACUACCACACACUCACUCCUGUGCGAUACCUCCUCAAGCGUCUCGAUCCACUGAGUGGUUCUAACUCACGGGUGUUGCCCGGUCGUACACCCAUCAUCAACUACGCACGUCACAAGUGUCUCGGCGUGGGUGUAGACAUUUCUCGCAGUUCCGGUGAUUUUGACACCACCCGACUGGUGCUUCACGCCGCCUAUUGGAUGCGUGCACUUGUCACGCAGGUGCCCGCCUUUCUCUACCUCGCUAGUGCCCUCAAGUUUCUCAUGCGUGGCGUUCGUAUCACUCACCAUGGACCAUCUUUUGGCUUUACCAACUACAAAUUGACCUCUCUUCUGGUUUCUUUUCUUCAAGUAGCUGUGGAACAGGCACCGGCUUUGGAGUAUCUCCUCCUACAAGAUGAUUGCUCCAUUCCUGAACAAAUUUUCAUCUAUGAGGAACAUCCUCACUGUCCUGUUGAAGCACCGGACUUGUUACUUCAGUUUUUCGCCUUCCUGCGAGCUCAACAACCUGAGAAGAGUACUUUUUGUCUCCGAUCUGGCCGAAUUUUGCCUCGUGAGGGGCAAACCAGCCAGGGUCACUUUUUGCACUGUCCCAAUCCCCUUGUGCCCGAGCAGAACAUCACCCAUGGCAUCAGUGCCGAGGCCUGGCGUGAAUUAUUGGACGCCAUUGAUUAUAUGGAGCACGUUUUGCUGCAACCCCGGCCUCAAUCCGGUAAUUUUCUCGCUCUCUGUGCCUCUGACUACUACAAGGGAUGUAUUUUUCAUAGAAAUAUUAAGGGUUUUAUAGUUCAGACAGGCGAUCCAACAGGCACCGGGAAAAAUGGUCAGAGCAUCUGGAAGCAGAAGUUUAAGGACGAAUUUGAUGACGCACUUAAGCAUAAUUCCAGGGGCAUUGUCUCCAUGGCCAACAAUGGGCCGGAUUCCAAUGGAUCGCAGUUUUUUAUUACUUAUAGUAAACAGACUAUGCUAGAUAUGAAGUACUCAAUAUUUGGCAAGGUGAUCGAUGGUUGGGAUGUUCUCGAUGAACUGGAACGUGCUCCUGUAGAAGAUAAGACCUACAAACCUCUCACUGAUAUUCACAUUCAAGACAUCACGAUUCACGCCAACCCAUUCGCCGAAUAA